AUGGGAAUUAUUAUUGGGUCUUGUGUACCCGAUGAGCCUGAGCCAUUGGAUACUACUCUAACGAAUUAUAAUAUACCUAGAACCGUUGUUUGUGGUAUUAAAUGUCCAAUUUGCGCCAAAUUUCUUUUACCGGACGAUAUAGAAUGUCAUCUGGUCAUGUGCCUCACAAAACCGUUUCUCAUUUACAACGAGGACGUAUUAAGCGAGGACAAGGGAGAAUGUGUCAUUUGUUUUGAAGAUUUAACACAAGGGGAUACGAUAGCCCGACUACCCUGCUUAUGUAUAUAUCAUAAAGGCUGCAUCGAUAAAUGGUUUAACGUAAAUCGAAGUUGUCCGGAACACCCAGGAGAUUAA